GCUAUUGCUUUAGAGUCAACUCAAAUAUGAGAGUUAUAUCGGCUUUAUGGGUAACGUAUCAGAGAUAUCUCACCACACAUCCAUGGAAAACUCAAACUCUGACUACUGCUGUGAUGUUUAGUACAAGUGACAUCUUGACUCAACAAAUUAUCGAAAAAAAGGGAUUGCAUCACGAUUUUAGAAGAACACUUCGCAUGUACAUAAUGGGAGUCAUUAUUGGGCCUAUUCAAAGGACAUGGUUUUUAACACUUGAGCACCUUCUACCACCUACAUCCAAGAUGCAAAUUCUCAAGAAACUUAUAGUAGACCAAACAAUUUAUGGUCCUUUUAUAAUAUUUUUCUUCUAUAGCUUAUCAGGGACACUGUCUGGGAAAGAUAUUAGUGAGAUCAAGGAAGUUAUUGAAGAGAAGUACCUUAGAACUUUGAUCACAGGUUACAAAGUGUGGCCAUUUGUACAAGCAAUUAAUUUUACUCUUGUCCCUGUUCAAUUGCGAGCUAAUUUUGUUCAAGGGGUGUCUCUUGGUUGGAAUAUGUACUUAUCCUGGAUGGUAAACAAACCUGUGAACAGCUUAACCCUCACUCAUGACAGUCUAGGGGAAAAGAACCCAGACUUUUCUGUGGACUCUGAUAUAUGAAAAGCUGUGUAGAUUACAAACUUAUUGCAUCGUUGCAGUUUAAAUACUUUAAAUAUUACACAUAUUUAUUUAGUUUUCUAAUAGAUUUGUGUAGCAAUGGUAUCAUCAAUGCCUUAAUCCUCGGUGCUGAGGUGUAGGUUUAAAAUUUUGGUAAAUCUAACUGGAAAAUAUGCAGACUUCAUGUGAAAUUAAAUUAAAUGCAACCGUAACCCUAACUCAUGACAGCCAUGGGGAAAUGAACCCAGACUUUUCUGUGGAAUCUGAUAUAAGAAAAGCUGUGUAGAGUACAAACUUAUUGCAUCAUUGUAUUUUAAAUACUUUACUAAAAACUUGUAUAAGUUUCUUAUAGAUUGGUGUAGCAGUAGCAUCAUCAAUGUCUUAAUCCUCAGGGUGGAGGUGUAGGUGUAGGUGUAGGUGUAGGUUCAAAAUUGAUAUUUAUCUAAAUGAAAAAUAUGCAGACUGCAUGUAAAAUGAAUGUAAUUUGCAAUAAUAUUUCAAGGCUGACAUGCCUGUUGUAUGUUUAAUUUGACGAUCAACUUCAAUAACAUAUUUUUCUUAGUCAC